AGAUAACAGACAUCCUUCUUCUACUUUUACUGCCUCAUGUAGCAGCUGCAUCCUGAACUGGUUUACCUACUUUAUUUUGGAUUUACUGUGUUUCUUUAACACCAGAAAGAUCAAGGAUAAAAGACAAAUUACAUUCUUUUUUUUCACUGUAGUUGAAGGAAAGCCACUGCAGGUUAUUUGAAAAUGGAAAAAGGAUACCCCCCACAGGAAUCUGCUCCGCCCUACCCAGGCCCACCCUUAAGUUACGGAAGUACACCACCUCAGCCGGGUUUCGUUCCUGCAGGAUACCAGGGAGGUAUUGCCCCUCCACAGGCUGUACCUGUAACAACAGUGAGUCACGUGAUAGUAACACCUGCACUACAUGACGCUCCUGGACAGACUCGGUGCCCUCACUGCCAGCAGGCUGUGGUCACCAACACCGAAGUCGUACCAGGCCUCUUGGCCUGGGCUAUCUGCGGCGGCCUCACUCUGCUUGGGUGUUGGCUGUGCUGCUGCAUCCCAUUCUGCGUUGAUUCCUGUAAAGAUGUGGAGCACCGCUGUCCCAACUGCCAACACUUAAUCCAUAUACAUAAACGCCUAUGAAGCUUUGGGGGAGAGAAUGUGACUGCUUACGGUCUUAAAAAAAAAAAAACUCUUCUGAAAGUCUUUUUCACAUUUUGAUUUAAAAUCUAUAUAGGCUACUGGUAAAGAAACAAAAUCAUUCAUUAUAAUAUCCACUUCAACAUAAAGUUCUCUGGUUCGACUCCCAGGCCUGGUGGGCGGUGCAUGUUUUCCCUGUGCUUGCAUAUGUUCACUCUGGGUACUCCGGCUUCCUCCCACAGUCCAAAAACUUGUAUGUCUAGGUAAUGUCUAGACUAACUGUCUCUGCGAGGUUGCAUUAGGAAUGGCAUUAAAACGGGCCAAAUUGAGGUGCAGACUAUAAUCCGCUGUGGCUCUGGCGCUGUGGGAUUAAGCCGGAAUUAUUGAUCAUUUAUAUCAUAUAUAUAUAUAUACAUAUGCAUGCUCACAUAUUUUCUUACACAUUCAUUCCUUUCUCUGUUGUCUUUGAGAUCUUGCAUUACAGUUCCAUGUAUAGAUGUACAGUAUAGAUUACAUGGCUAACUACAACAUAAGUGUCACAUAAAUGUAAUCCAGAUAAACUCUUGUCCAAUAAUACAAUUAAACUUCAUCAUGAAAGAGUGAAAAAAAUGUGGACUAAAAGGAAGAGAAAAAUUAACAAAUAAACCUAAUUUAGCAUA